CGCCACUACGAUGCGAAAAUAAAUACAAACCGUGUCGGUUUUGUAAAUGUUUGGUUAGGAAGUUGUAUUUCAAAAAUCUUCGUAGUCUCGCUUGCAUUUUCUAAUACAACAAGAAAAUGGACACCUCCGACUUUAGCGAGCUUCUUCAAGAAGCGGAGAAAUUAACGUCAACCAUUGAAGGGGUUUCGGAACUACCUAAAGUUGAACGUUCAUUGCGACAAGUGCUCGAAGACUCUCAGGAUCUUUACAGUCGCGUUGCUCAUUCGGGUGCGCAAGAUAUCCACGCGAAUUUGCUGCUUGGUUCGCAAGGAGUUGACUUGCCAAGAAUCGUACAGAAACUCGAAAAUAUCAGUACGAAACAUACUUUCGAACCUCUCAAACCGACUUACGACACUGAUGUGGAUUCAUACCUUGAAAAUCACUUACAAAAUCUCAUUCUCGGAGUUGUUGAAAAGGAAUUUCAAAAGUCAGCUGAUGUAAUCAAAUCGACCUCGUGGGAACAUCAAAAGUCAGAGUGGAAUCAAGAGAGAAUCAAAAUUAUAAAUGCCAUGACAUCUGCUUCUAAAGACUUUAUGUAUGUUGGAAACGAAUCCAGUGUUUUUACCGAACCACGUCGUACACCAUCUAGCAAAUUGGGAUACCAAGAAGGAAUAUUCGCAGCUGUGCUUGCUCAAUAUAAUCGAAACAUUUAUCAGGGUCUCAAGCGGCCACAUUUGUUAAAAGAAUUCGUUACUGCAGCAAAGGAGUUCAACAAUACGAAAGUAAACGAUAUGUGGGAAAUUAUGGAGUACAUGACUCAGCUUCCCGCUCUUCCAUUAAACGAGUGCCCUUUAGUUACUCGCUACCAUAAGAUAAUGAUAAAAACUUUAGUUGGUCAAGCUAAAAAGUAUUUAGAAGAUAGGUACAAGACGUAUAUGACGAAUGUUAUAAAUGAAGAUUUAACCAAUGCGCGACGUGGUGGUGUUCCCGGUACAUAUUCGUUGGUGAGGAGCUUCGUUAGUGUUCGCCUGCAAGGGGAAUAUGCCGGAUUGGAGGGUGGAAUGGUCGACGAUCGACCUGUUUGGCCGGUCAUCUACUUUUGCAUUCGUAGUGGCGAUUUAUCCGCAGCUUUAUAUUGUUUAAAAAAGGCGGCGUUUGAUGCCGGGGAUAUAAUGCAGUUAUUGGAGUUGAAAAUUAAAACGCCAGGUAGUGCGGAAAUCGCGACAUUAGAAGGAAUUAUCAAGCAGGAGUAUAAAUGUACAGUACACAAUUCAACAGAUCCCUUUAAGCGGAUAGUCUACGAUGUAUUGUGUUGUGGAGAGAUGACUGAUGAACAUUCCGAAGUUGCGAAAACUGCAGAUGAUUACUUAUGGUUAAAGCUUAGUUACCUUAGGUUUGAAUGUGAUCGAGAUGAUUCGGAAGCAUUUGCGAAUUUGCAGGCAACUGUAUUGGAACAGUAUGGCGAAGUUCACUAUAACGCUAUGAAUCAGCCGCAUGUCUAUUUCCAAGUCCUAGCUCUAACUGGCCAAUUUGAAGCAGCGUUAGAAUUUCUCGCGCGUAUUGAGAAGUACCAAAUUCACGGUGCUCACAUGGCAAUUGCACUAAACGAAAUGCACCUAUUAGCCCUACCGAAAGCACCCACUGCGCCAUUAUUGUGCAUUGAUCCAGCGGACACUAAACCAAGUCGUCGAUUAAAUCUUUGUCGUUACAUACUAAUUUACGUGCAAAAAUUCGAAGCUAUGGCGCCAGGGGAGGCAGUGAACUAUUAUUAUAUGUUGAAGAAUAUUAAGAAUGAAAACGAGAAUAUGUUUAUUAAAUGUAUAAUCGAUCUAGCCAUCGAGACACGCCAAUACGGAAAGUUAUUUGGAAAAAUGGAAAGUACGGGAAUGAGGUCGCGAGGAUUUUUAGAUGAUUUUAUUGGUAAUGAUAUCAAGAUGGAAGAUGUGUUGAAUUCGUUAGGGGAAGCGCUCAAGAAUAAAGGCGUAUUUGAGGAUGCAAUUGAAGUUUACAAUAUUAUAAAUAAUCAAGAGGAAGUCUUACGGUUGUUUUGCACACUGUUGCCACAGAUUGUACAUCUUCAGACAACAGAGGGAUCCUUACGUCAACAACUAUCCCACAAGGCCUAUGAAUAUGCAGCACAUUACUCAAAAAUUGGAUACAACUGUAGCCAGAGUACGGUCUCAACUUUUCUUCUGUUGAAAGAUUUGUUGAAAUUUUUCGACGAAUACCACACAAAGCAGUAUCAGAUGGCUUUACAGACUUUGACUGAAAUUCAGAUACUACCACUACAUCCAAGAGAAUUAGAUGAACGAAUCAGUGGUUUCGAUAGGUUAAACCCGAAUGUUGUCAAAGUACUUCCCGAUAUUAUUUUAGCCACAAUCAAUAUUUACUUUGCUCAAUAUCAGAGCAUCAAGUCUAACGAUUUCACAUCCAUGAAGUACCAUGACAGUUCAAAGGAAACGCAAUUGGAGUUUAUACGUGAACAGGCAAAAACUCUGACAAGUUUCACAGGAAUGUUACCGUAUCGAAUGCCUGGUGAUAUCAACAGCAGACUUGUUCAAAUGGAAAUAUUAAUGCACUAAUUUUUGAUACGUUUAUUUUUUGCCCGACAUGGCUACAUCAUACUUUCUUACAAAUAAACUGUUUCUGUCGAGUUUUAUUAAAAUGCAGUUUCUGCUUCA